AAAUAGACAUUCAUGAUUAUUUCAAAGUGAUCAAAUCUCGAAUCUUAUACACAUAGCCUACGUUCCUUUUGGUCAGCGACGAACCAAAACUCACUCUAAUGUUACCCGAGAGGGUAAGUUUUGUCACUGACCUCCAAGCAGCAUAAUAAGACUGGUCUCAAAAAAUAUAAACAUGUGCAAUGUUGAACGAGAACAGUUGGGACAGUUGGCUACAUGGUUGAGAGAUCCCAAGGGUUUAACCAUCAAAGACAGAUAUUAUCAUCUAAAACGAUAUCCAGUCUGUUUUGUUGGUUCUGAGGCUGUUGAUUGGUUGGUUAAGAAUGGAUAUGCUGACAACAGAGAAGAUGCUGUAAAAAUUGGCCAGGACCUACUGGACAUUGAUCUGAUACACCAUGUUGUUGACGAACAUCAGUUUGAGGACAGACCACUAUUUUACAGGUUUAGACAAGAUGAUCCUCCAAAACAAUCACCAGUAGGUCCAACAGUUGCGUCACUAAAGUCAGAAUGUGGUACCAAGUCAAGUACAGCUCACAAGAAGGGAUGGRUGAGGUGGUCAUCUUGCUACCUGGUACUUAAACAAGGUGGUGAUACUUUGUAUGAGUUUAGAACCGAACUGGAUUCAUCUCCUGUUAGAGCAUACCCUAUGAAGGAUGCUGAUCUCAAGUAUGACAAGAAUAACAAGAACUGCUUGGUGCUUUCUUUCCCAGACAUUCAGUUGUCAGCACUACAUUUGUCAUUAAAAACUGAAGAUGAAAUGUUGUCAUGGACUAAAGCUUUUGCAUCAUCAGGUGUUGCUACUGGACAAAUGGAAGAGGAACCAGACCCUGAGCCUGUCAUUAAGCAGUUUGCCGCUGGAUUCAAUGUUCAAUUUGACAUGUUUUCCAAGAUUAAAGUGAAUGGAUCAAACGCUCUUCCACUGUACAAAUAUCUCAAGAGCGAACUCAAAGGAACGUUAGGCAGUUUUAUCAAAUGGAAUUUUGCUAAGUUCUUAUGUAAUCGGGAUGGCAAACCAGUCAAGAGAUAUGCACCCACAGUAGGUCCUCUGGAUCUGGCUGGAGACAUUGAAGAACUUCUUUAGUAAUGCCGCCAGAAUACAAGGAUAUAUGCAAGCCAUUUCAUCAAAUCACUGAUAACCUGUUUCCAAGCAUCAAUGUUACCAACGUAAGAUGUGCCAGGAAACUGCGAUUAUCGUUGUCGGUCAACAUUGAUCUAAGGUUAAUUGAGAUCAGAGGUCUAUUUGAAUGGUAGUGGAACUAUACAUUUGUUUCCAUUUUAUAUUUAUCCAAAAUGAAAAUCCCUCACGGGCUGGAGAAGGUGACACAGGAAUCCCACGCAUCAUUAUGGUCUGCUAUUCUCGAUGUGCGGGCUAAAGGCACAUCAAGACACUACAAAGUUGUGCUGUCGAUUUCUUUGAAUGACGAUCAGCUCGAAAACUGUCAUUUUUCAGCGGGACUGAUCUGAUGUGUGCAGGAAGGAAGAAAACAGCCACUUUGAGUGUAUUUUCUUUGUUUUGCCAAAGUGAAUUCCAUUUAUUUUGGUGAAACAAGACAGCCUUCUUGGUCACGUGACCAUGUUUGUGGUUGUCACGUGACCAUGUGCGUGGUGUUCACGUGACCAUGUGAAUGGUGGUCACGUGACAAUGUGCGUGGUGGUCACGUGGCCAUGUGAAUGGUGGUCACGUGACCAUGCGUUUGUAGCCAUGCGCGUGCUCAGCCCGAAUCACACGAAAAAGUGAGAACUUGAUCUUACAUUAGUCAAGAAUGACUGAGGAUAGAUAAAUAUCCUUUAUUUCCUCAUUUCGAAUUGCCUCAUAAAUAAAUACUCAGUUCAUUUAUCUCAUUAAGACAUUUUAGGGUGAAGUGCGGUUAAUAUUUUUCCCCGUCAUGGCGAGACAAAAUACAAAGUUACUCUAAAAUGUCUAAUAAGAAGUUACUUUUUAUCAUUCAGAUUUUUACUUUUUAUCAAAAAAGUAGGGCUUCUAAACAAAAGUUUUUCUUUGAACCAGCUUUCAAAAACCAUUUCGUUUUUUGCCGUACAAAAUAACCUAGAGUACAAAUAUCGCAUGAUAUUUGUACUCGCCCCAGACUUUCUCCUGCUAUAUGCGGUCAUACUGCUGAGUGUAGUUAGAUGGUCAAAUACGUUCAUCUGGUAUGCCAAACAUGGAUAUCACAAUAAUAGUAUGAAUAAAAGUAAAAUUAACAAAAUUUUUAUAUCGUAGAAGCGGCUCAAAUGCGAGUUGAAGCACAAACAAUCACAAAAAGUCAAAAUACCUUGUACAAGAGACUUCAAAAUUCGUAGCAGUAAUUUUUAGUUAAAAUUUUUUUUUUUCACAGCUAUUUGUGCUACGUGCGCGUCCCACAUCAGCUGUUAAUCUCGGGGCUAAGACCCUAAUUAUUUCAUUCAUUCGUUUUAAUUGCCAUUAAUCCGUUUUAAUAUCCCGUCGCAAGAGUCAUCAUAUUGUAAGAUCCUGAUCAGGUCUUCCUAUGCCGACUUUUACUAAUAUUCAGCUUUGGUACUGUUUACAUUCCAUUUAUUUAUUGCCAGAGGCAUUUCCUCAAUAUAGUCAUGAUCAUCGUAUGGUUUUCAAUCAUUGUACUCGACCUUUUUUCUCGCUGACCAGUAAUAAAAUAUUAAGUUAUUGGCUUUUCCUUCUCUGUAGCCUCGGGGAAGUGUCGAGACGGUCUCCGAGACAGUUCGAUAAAUCAGUCGCAUUAAAGACUUGUAUAAAAUUAAA